UUGAACUUGAAACGGAAUGAAACAAAUACAAGCAAAACCCUGACAGUAACCAUGUCCAUUCAAAGCGCUUACUCCCUUUUUAUGUUAAAAGCCGUGAAUGCUUACAGGAAAGUGGGAAUUUAAAGCUGAAUGAAGGGCAGCUUACAAAAGGCUGAAAGCAGGACUGCUUUAAAACCCGGAGGAAAAAUGAGGAACUGCUAAGGCAACCUGGCCUGCGUCCAGCUGUGCAACAGGCACUUUGGUUUUAACCUAUUGCAUUCUUCAAGGCUGUUUUCAGACUCCAGAUUUACUUUGGUGUUGUUUUCUCUCUUCCUGUGAAGCUGAGGCAGAGUCGGACUCCUUUGCUGUGAGUUGAAGGAUGUUGUGAAAAUAAGGCAUUGCCGGAAGCAACGGUUUGGCAGCAACACUCAGGUUAUUUGUUACAUCUAUUAUUAUUUUGAUGUCUUUUUUUAACCCUGGUCAGCUACUUUUUACUGUCAUCCAUGGAAGGGCUCUCAUUAACCGCCUCAGACUUUUGGGACCUAUGAUUCUUUGGCAUGACCCUUCGGAAAGUUCUUAAGCAGGGAUGGAGCAAACUUGAUUGGAGUUGUGGAAAAAGAGGACAGAUUUGUAUUUUUCAUGCUGACAAAAAUUAGCUGCUAUGACUUUUCCCGCAACGUGGACAGGGGCCAAGUGAAGCUGAACUGGUCAUGAUCUGUCGCCCAGUGCUCCCUUGUCGUCGGCGAUUUUGCCCCCGGCCCUUCUUGGUGGGCUUGGUUGUGGCGAUCUGUCUCUUCUACCAGACCCUGACCCUCCGAGGGACAAGGAAGCUCACAGCCGCUGUCCCUGGCGCUGCCCCACGCUCGUCCACUGGAACCCAGGCAAGCAGAUGCAAGAAAGAAUUCUCGCAGGACAAACAGUGCUUCCUUCUCUCUGGUGAUGCACAGGAAAUCAGAAAGAUUGAAGAAGCAGUUGAGACACACUUUGGCGGUCAUGGCCGAAGGGCCAUACUCUACAGUCCUUCCCACAGCAAAACAGAGCUUCGGCUCCACUGGCACGUUCUCAGGGAGCAUGGCUAUACGGUUGUCAUCGCUGAAGAAAACCUUGAUGCUGGCCUUGGGCUGGGGCUGCUAGAACAAGCUGCGGUCCCCAAACCCCAGGCUGUGGACCAGGCCACACAGCAGGAGGUAAACAUGUUACCAGAAAUACAGCAUCGGCUUUGCAGAAAGGAAGGAUUAUGUCAAAUAAUUAGAAGAUUUCCAGAAUUACAACUUCCAGUGAGUCCCUCUGUAUGUCUGGAUCAGGGAAUACAAUUAAAGCCGAGUACUUCAAGUCACCUUUUAAAAACAGUGAAGCCACAUAUCUGGAAGCCAGGGAACUGGAGACGUGAACAGCUGAAUCAAACAACAGUCCUUGCUCCGCAUGAAACAAUCUUUAGAGCUGAAGAUCUAUCUGUGAUUCUUAAAGCAUAUGUGUUGGUGACAUCCUUAACCCCUUUGCGUGCAUUCAUUCAUUCAACUGGCACGGUUUGGAAUCUACCAAAGAAAAAACGCUUCACUGUCAAGGUAAAGGCUCCAUUGAAGCUGUUACUUCACACAAAGAAUUCUUUCACAGAGGAUGAGAACACUGAAAAACCACAAGUGCCAUUUGAUGCAAGGGGCAAUAAAAAAGAUAAAAACACACCAUGUCAUAUUAAGCAGAUUUUCACACAGCCGCAUUUGGAGCUAAAUCCUGAGUUUAACCUGCAGAUCAAAGAUUAUUAUGCUGAAGUCCCAUUUGAUGUGGUGACAGUGACAAUUGGAGUGGAGACUUCUAAGUGUCAGUGCAAGGUGCACCUGUAUGAGCAGGCUGGGCCAAGCUUUGCCAACUACCCUCUAGGCUUAGGAAUGAACAAAAUCUCAAUAUUUGUGGUGGAUGAAUCUCCAGCACAGAGUGAGACCCUGAUCACUUACAAACUCACCAUCUACAGAGAAGACCGCCCAAGUCUGCCCUUGUUUGAGGACUUCACAGCAUGUGGUUUUGUGCAGGAUUGUGGUUUGCUGAUUCACCCAGAGGAAACCUGUGGAUUACAACCUAUUUCUUCUGACUACAUCGAAGCCAUUUCACAGUCUGAGCUAAAGAGUUGUCCAUCUGGGGACAUAAAAGGCCAGUGGAUUGUGCCGUGCCUUAGUUGUUCCGACAACAGGACCUGUGACUGGAGAGAAAUAACUUGGCAGCCCCACAACUGCCAAUAUGGUGUCCUAACUAAGCCUCAACUGCAGCAGUGCUUGGGAGGAAGGAAGAUUCUUUUCAUUGGAGAUUCAACCAACAGAGGGAUCAUGUACUACCUGAUCGAAAGACUGAAUGAAACGUUGCAGGAAUGGCAGAAGGUGCAUGGCACUAAAUUCUAUCGCAACGUCAAUGGUGGGAAGACUGUUAUCAGUUAUUCCUACUAUCCUCAGUUCUGGAUAAGCCCUUCAUUGAGACCAACAUUUGAAGAAGCCCUUGAACAUCUUUUACAAAGAUCACGUCCCCUAGAGAAUACUGGCCAGACUGUAUUGGUUGUUGGGGGUGUUCAGUGGCUUAAUUCCAAUCACCUGCAAAUUAUUCACAAGGUUUUGAAGAGGGAAAAUUUACUCAAUAUCCUAGUGAUCAUCAAAACUUUGGGAAUUGGAUUUCAUCUGCCAGUGGACGGAGUGCAUUUCCUAACACAGAGUGAAGUACAGAAUUUAUGGAAAGAAAAUUUGAUUAUUUUGGAUACUGCAAAAAAGUAUGGCUAUGAAGUAGUUGAUACGUUCACUAUAACAAUGGGACGAUACAAAGAGUUUCUGCAGGGGAAGUGUGCAUGUCAUUUCCAUGAGGUAGUGAAAUCAAACUUAUCCAAAGAAUAUCACGUUAUUAAAAUGAAAAGAUCAAGGAAUCAUAUUGUGGGAAAAUAUUUCAGCAACCAAAGCAAACAACAAGACUCUGUAACAAGUUUUCAAUCACCAUAUCAUGUCAGAGGUCCUAUAAAUCAGGUUUGUUCUGAAAUCCUUCUCAGCAGGAUGUGCGCAAGAAAAAGGACUAUGUAGGCUCUCUGCAGGAGAACUGAAUUCAGGCUUGGAGACAAGGCACUCACCUGGGCAAUGGUCUAGGAGCCAAACCUUGUGCAUCACAUGCCUUUUGGAUUGAUCACACACACCGGUACACACCGACACAGACGCGCACACGUAGCUAAAACAAAGAAAUAAUAACACUUUUUCUUACAGCUUUAUAAAGUCAAGGUGUAAACUUCAACACCAGUUUAUUUCCGAGUGUAAGGCAGACCUAGAAAAAGGUUACUUGAAGUAUAAUUAUAAACCAGAACCACUGUUGGCCAGGUAUUGCAUUGUAUUAAUAAAUAGAAAUAAAGACACUUGAAUUAUGUGGAAAACAGGAUAGUACACUUUAGUUUUGUUACCAUCUCCGUAGGUAUGUUAAUAUUGAAAGGGAGAAAAAGCAAUUACAUUCCACUUGCAAGUAGAGGUUGUGCUUAUGUUCCUUACCAGGAGAAAAUGUGGCUUUUAUGAUGGCGUAGGGUUCGAGAAUCUAACGCUUAUAAAAAACAUUUCUUCCUGUGCUUUUUAAAUUUGAUUACUGAAAGGAAAAGAACAGGAAUGCUCCACAAGGGAAUUUGAAGAGAUUCUAUGAGAGAGAUAUAAAGUAAAAUAUUUUUUAGUUAAAACACCAAUAUAUUUAACUUUGCACUCCUUGUGUUUACCAUAAACAUUCCCUCCUGGUCCUGUCUGUGAAUUCGGAUAGGUAAGUGCAGUCUAAAUUGAAGAAAUACAUAGUUUUAAAGUGAAGGACAAAAUAUAGUUCCUCGUGUAUUACUUUAGUAUGUUUCAUGGAUGAUAUUACUUAAGAAAGCUUUUUUUGCCAUUAUAACCCUAUGUAACUUAAAAUUACAAUUACAUUUUAUGUAAAUAUUUUGCAAAGGAUUAUGUAUUUUCAAAUGCAUAGGCAUAUUUUGCAGAAAGCAUUUGUAUAUGUCCACAAAUAGAAUUAUGUUACUAGUAUCUAUAUUUUGAUUUUUCCAGAGCAACCGUAUCUAAUCCAAAUUUAGAGUAGGCAUAAAAUUAUUUUUCAAUUAAAAUUGUGGCAUACAUAUAAAACAUACCUAAUUCUAGUAUUUAGAACUUCCUCUUCUAUCUCUUUAGGUUCAGAAUGGUAAAUUUCUUUAUUAUACAAAUGCUUUGUUGUGAGGUAACAUCUGACAGUUACAAUGGCUUUUAAAGGAUUAUUUUUCUUUUUGGGAAAAACAAAAAAAAACGGUGAGAGGGUUAAUUCAAUACAUGGCUGAAAUUACCAAAUGCACAAAUACCUCAAUUUCACUACCAUACAAAAAAAAUUAUUUUGAUUGAUCAGUUCCUUAGUAUGAAUACCCACCUCCUUUAAAUACUCUAUUUUUAUAUGUAUUUUUAUAUGAAGAUAAACAUGAAUUUAUAUUUAACUAUCAUAAAUUAUAUUUACAUAAAUGCAAAUAUCACUUGAUAUAAACAAUACAGAUCUGCAUCUUACAGAUGAUAAAUUUUUAAAAGAAUGGUACAGAAUUCACUUUAAAUAUGAAAGCUUUUUCUAGCGUCUACACUUUAAUGUAAGCAUCAUUUUUAGGUUUUCAGUGAUUUUUUUUAAAAAAAUUGUAUAAAACACUGCCAAUUUAUACAGCCUCUCCAUCAUGUUUUAACUUAUUAUAUACUCUAUAACAGUAUUACAGUCAGUGGGUAUUUCUUGUAAUUUACUUUCAACCUAACUGUAAUAACCAUCCGACUGAGGUUAGUCUGGCAUUUACCUCUUCAAUGUUGAAAUAAUAAUGGGUUUUAGAAACAAUUGUAAUAAUGUCAUUAAUAAAUGUCUUACUGGU